GCGCAAUCAAAGGAAAAAAAAAAUGAUUCGGAAAUUGAAGCAGAACAUAUAAAUAGACAACAGCUGAAUACAGAAACCAUUAAUGAAUUCACAAAAAAUGAAGAAAGCAUGAAAUCUUAUCAAGACCAACUUUCAAAAUCUGACAAAAAACUUUUAAAUACUUUUCACAAAAUAAU